AUGGAAACUGGAGGAGGAGCGAAGCGGAGCCGCAUAAAGCCCCGGAGAGUGGGAGCAUCACUCCGCUUCUCUUUCUGCCCUUUAUCAGCCACCAGAUUUGCCCUGAUUUUGAAGCUCUUGUCUGUUAUUUACAAACUUGUACAGAGUGACUCCUAUGCUACUAAAAGGGACAUAUACUAUAAUGAUCCACAGCUGUUUGGGUCACAGAAGACCUUGGAUUCCAUCCUGGAUGACAUUUCAUGCAUGCUCAAGGUUCCUCGCAGGAGUUUGCAUGUGUUUGCAACAUCCAAAGGCUUAAUCUCAGGUGAUCUGUGCUAUUUGGAGGAAGAUGGCACAAAGGUGGACUGCAGUUCCAGCUCCACUGCGGUUCCGGUGUCUUCCAAUGUUAAUGGGAUCAGAAACAUUGUAUCAGCAGCGAAAUUCAUUCUGAUAGUGGAGAAGGAUGCAACUUUCCAGAGACUACUGAGUGAUGACUUUUGCACCAGACUUUCUCCCUGCAUCAUCAUAACUGGUAAAGGGGUGCCUGAUGUCAACAGCAGACUGAUGGUGAGGAAACUGGGGGACACGCUACACGUCCCUGUCUUUGCUCUGGUGGAUGCAGAUCCUUACGGCAUCGAGAUCAUGUGCAUCUACAAGUACGGCUCACGGGCAAUGGCCUUCGAGGCCCACAGUCUGACUGUCCCCAGUGUGCUGUGGUUGGGCCUCCUGCCUUCAGACAUCCAGAGGUACAGAGUCCCAGAGGAAACGCUUAUUCCAUUUUCUCAAGCAGAUGAGAGCAAACUCAACAGCUUGAGGAGCAGAGACUACAUCAGCUGCCAGCCUGCCUGGGAGAGAGAGAUAGAAACAAUGCAGAGACUGAAGCAGAAAGCUGAGAUACAGUCCCUGGCAUCCAUCGCCCCACAUUUCCUCACUCGAGUCUACCUGCCAAAUAAACUGCGCUAUGGAGGCUGGAUCUGAGCAUCUGCUGCCCUCUGCUGGAUUAUAUAGAUGCGUGUUCUGCAUGAGUAAAUAUUCCAGUGUGUUCUUACUGAAUGUUAGAUGAGCUGUUAUGUUAGAGUUAUGAGCUCAAAUAUGCCAUAAAUCAUUUGCGCCGUUAUGUUGAAACUGCUUUGGAAUGUCACACAUUUGCUUUGGCUGUGAAUAUAAUGCAAUGGAAUAACCUAAAUAAAUGAACUCAUCCCUUUUUUUUGCUAACUUCCUCAUGAAACGGACUAAUUAAUUUAAGUAUUAA